AUGAAGGCCCUGGCGUCACGGUCGACCAUUGCCGGCAAUAAUCAGGCCGCCGGCUUCCCCGGUCCGUUUUCGGGCUUGCUGGGCGCUGCCGCCGAUGAAGCAUCGUCCCCGCCGGACGACAAGGAGAAGGAGAGCCGGAAGGACAAGGAACGCGAGCGCAGACCCAGCACGGCCUCGUCGCAGAAGUUGUCGACUGCGCUGUCUAAUCUGCAGCUGAGCGGGUAUCUCGAACGAUCUCCCACGACGGCGCGGCUGAUGCUGCAGUCACCAUGCUAUUUUCACCAGCGGUUCGACGAUGCGGUCAAUAUCAAGAAGGUGUUAGAGGAGAUUGCGGACGACGAAUGGCUGUCACACUCUCGUCUGGUCCAGACGGCGACCGGCGUCCGCGAGGUGUCGAAGCAAUUGCAAAGACGGCCGAUCAAGCGCGCCGUGCGCAAUGUAAUGAUCGUCACCAAAGCGCGGGACAACAGCUUGGUUCUAUUGACCCGCGAGGUGGCCGAGUGGCUGCUGUCGACGCCGCGGUAUGGAAGUGAUUUGGGAGUCAAUGUAUAUGUGGACAACAAACUGCGGAACAGCAAACGAUUCGAUGCCGCCGGUCUUUUACAGAAAGAACCACGGUUCGCGCAGAUGUUGAACUUCUGGACCCCCGAUCUCUGCUGGACUUCGCCUGAGAAAUUCGAUCUGGUGCUGACGCUCGGCGGAGACGGGACAGUCCUGUUCACCUCGUGGCUGUUCCAGCGUGUUGUCCCGCCAGUCCUAUGUUUCUCGCUCGGGAGUCUCGGUUUCCUCACCAAUUUCGAUUUCAAUGAUUAUAAAAAGACCCUCAAUGCCGUCAUGGGCGAUGUGGGCAUGCGCGUGAAUCUGCGUAUGCGGUUUACUUGCACCGUCUUUCGAAAAGAUCGCAGCAAAGGCGCCGAGGCGGGCGCUGUCGAAGAGGGCGAGCAAUUCGAGGUCCUAAACGAGCUGGUUAUUGAUCGCGGUCCUUCGCCCUAUGUUUCGAAUCUGGAAUUAUACGCCGAUGAUUCGCUGCUCACCGUCGUCCAAGCGGAUGGCUGUAUCUUCUCCACACCUACAGGCUCAACGGCCUACUCCUUGUCCGCUGGCGGCUCCCUCAUGCACCCCUCCAUCCCAGGCAUUCUCCUCACACCCAUUUGCCCUCACACCCUCUCCUUCCGCCCAAUGGUCCUCUCAGACUCUCACCUUCUCCGCAUCGCCGUUCCUAACGCCUCCCGCUCAACCGCAUACUGCUCGUUUGACGGCAAAGGUCGCGUCGAGCUCCGGCAGGGCGACUACGUCACGAUCGAAGCGAGUCAAUAUCCCUUCCCGACGGUCGUCUCCGACAGCGGGGAGUGGUUCAGCAGCGUCCAGCGCGCCCUCCGCUGGAACACCCGCGGCGCUGUCCAGAAAAGCUGGGACGGCGCGGAUGGUGACGCGGAGCUGAACGAAGACGAUGAACAGUGGGAUAUCGACACCGACGCAGGCCUCGCCGGUACAGACAGUGGCAUUGGACCCAGUGAAGACGGCGACUCACUCUCGCCGAAUCCAAUGCGGCGGCAAAUGAGCCUGCUCAAUAUGUGA